UUUGUGAGUACAAGUGGCUCAGAAAAUGGAUGAUAAUAAUGAUACUACUACGACUCCUACUACUACUAAUAAUAAUAAGAAUCAUAAUAGAAGAAGAAGAUGCCGAGGAGAAGGCUGAAGAGAAGAAGAGGGGAAAAAGAAGAAGGCUGAAGAACGCUGAAGAGUAGAAGAAGACGACGAAAGGGUGAUUGAAGGCUUCAUCGUCACAAGUUUAUCAUGUCUGACACAGCAACAGAAGAUGAGAUACAAUAUCUUCAAGGCCAACUGAGAAUAAAGGAGGAGCAAGUCCAGCAAGCUGCCCAUGCUGGCUUGGAUCUGCUUAAUCAGUUAACAGAAACGGAAACCAGGCAUGAGGAACAGAGACUGGAGAUGACGUUUGUGUUGGAGGAUCUUAAGCAAGACAAGUAUACGCUGCAGAGGGAAGUGGCGCUCAAGACCCGGCUAAUUGAAUCAUUGCAUUCAGAGGUCGACAGUUUGAAGAAACUACAUCGACAGAAGAUGGAUGAGCAAAAGGAAAAACUAGAGAGGAGUCACUUCACCGCCAUUACUGAACUAAACAACAAGAUUAUGCUUUUACAACCUACUCUGGAUGAGUUACGGUUGGUUGAGAAACAACUGAAAGAAAAACUUGAAUUCCAGACCAAAGUGAUGAAUAAUAAGAUGGAGGAUCUUCGGGUUCUCAAUGAAGACGUGCAUAGUUCAACAACGUCAGAGUUACUGGAUGUGCAGAAAAUAGUUCUGGAGUUGGAGAAUGUCAAGUUGGAGUUGGAACUAACAAAAAAGGAAUCACAGUACAGAGAACAGCAGCUGCAAUUGACUAAUACCAGCUUACAGCACAAUCUCAAGCAAGCUACAGACGAGAGAAACAAAGAAGCUGCUACCUGGUAUGCAGCAUUAGAGAAAUCUCGUGAGGUGAACCGUGAACUCCAGGACCAUUUGGAAACUGUCCUACAACAUUCCCAGGAUCCAAACAGCAAAGGCAAUUCUCUUUUCGCUGAGUUGGAGGAUAAACGUGCUGCAAUGGAGAGAAAGUUUGUCAGCAUGAAAGACCAGUACGAUACACUUCAAACACAAUACGCCUUCAACAAACAGCAAUUGCAACGUAUGAAGGUACACAUUGGCACUCUGAUGCAACUUCAAUGUUCAAGGGCUGAUCCCUCUCAACUGGACAGACUCCAGUCUGUGUUGUCAGAGAAAAAUGAUGAGAUUCACUAUUUAAUGAAUAAAAUAGAGAGACUGGAGAAGGCUGAGGUAAUGCUGAAGAGCCGCGAGAGUAAUCCAGUGCCAUCAGAAAUUGGUAAUGGCUGUGAUGAAACAUUUUAUACUGACCUUCUCAAAUUGAAACUCAAUAAUGCAGUUAAAGAUGUGGAACGUUUAGGAGCUGAACUUUCUCUGCAAAGGAUGAAGUCUUUGUCAGAAAGCCAGAAAGCUCUGGAUCUCGAAAGGAAACUCUUCACCGAGGAACGUCUUCUCAAACAGGCCCAGUCCGAAAAAAUCAGACUGCAGCUUCAAGUGGAGGAGCUACAACACAAAUAUGAACCUAAAAAGACAACUGAUUUAUUCCUGAGGAGAAAGAAAGAAAAAAUACCUGCAGAUACUGGAUCAUCAUUUGAAGGAAUUGGACUUGAUGAGGGCAAGCAGAAUUCAAAGGAAGCAGACAUCACUGAUACUAUGGAUCUUCACCGUGAGACAGACAAGUGUCCAACUGGUGAGACAGCAUAUCUACGACAAGGAUUUGAGGUGGGGCCAAAAUCAGACAAACAUGUCAAGAUCUGUGAGGUUGACCCUGUUUUGAUCCCCAAUCCCAGCUCUCAUGUGACCACCUGCAAUGACCUGCAAAAGGAGGAGCACCACAAGCAGAAGGAAACUGAGAAAAAGAAAAAAAAACUUGAGAUGAUGCAUGUCUGCUCUAAAAGCAAUAUGGAAACCCAGUGUUCUCCACAGUAGAGACAUUCUAGAUACAUGGGCACAGGAUCUCUACGAAUAUAUUGAAACAGUUGUAUCAAUGGUUUACAUUUUCAUUUUUUUCCUUAUAUUCAAAUAGCUACCCCAUCCUGUUGCAAAAUGCAGUCAAAGUAGAACCAUUUCCCUAUUCAACAACACAAUACACAUUAUCUCCAAUAAAAAGUUAAUUUACUACAGUA